AGCCGGCAGCAUCCCCUUCACGCUCUGCAUUCUCUGUGAUUUCUGCUGAAGCACAAACAAAAAGAUCAACUAAGCUCUGCUGGGAGGACGAACAACAAACACUGAUGCUUCAGGUUAUUUCCCUUUUUAAACAAGAGCUUUUUUUCCAGCCACAAUUUUAUCAAGACCGCAGAGCAAGACUUAACUCCUACACUGAUCUGCAUCUUUUUCAUUUCUGAUUCAUCAAGUUGCUCCUUUUCAGGGUUUUUUACAAUAUACAAAAGCGCUGAAUGCAAAAGAUACGGAUUUCACUGGAAGGAGGAGAGAUGGAACAAGGAGAGAUUUAAAUGAGCUGUGGAUUCUGUUUGUCAUGACGAAGCAUGGAGAAGACAUCUGUUUGCGUCUCUGCACACUGAUUCCUGUUUGGUUGCUGGCUUAUCUCACAAAACAGUAACAUUGCGUGCUUCGAAUCCUGCUUUUGAGAAAAAAAAUAAAUAAAUCAACUUCUGCUCUGAAAAUGCUCCUUCUCGUGAACUUUCAAUGCAGACAUGUUGUCUUUCAGGAUUUCACUUUGAACUUGAGCGGAAUUAGUAUUUGCUUUCAAACUUAGGAGUCAUUCUGCAUGCAGACGCCUUCUCUCAACUUAUGUUUUGCAUUCCUCAACCUCUCAGCAAUCUCAGCCUCCCCAUAAUCACAGAAUUAGACCUUCUAGGUGCAUUUUCUUCUUGUGUUUUCUUCUCUUGUUUUUUGCCUGAGAGCAAACUGGACUUAGAGCAAGUGCAUUGCAGCUGACACUCUCUCCUCAUCCACAAGUAGCUCUCUAUUUUUGUCACCUUCCUUCCAUCAGUACCUUCCAUUCUGACACAAUGUUCGAGGAGCUUUGGAACUCCACAGAUCAGGUUGGCCUCAAUGGAUCAGAAGCAAACUUAUCUCAAAGACGUUCGUAUGGCAUGGAAGAGGACGGGAACCAGCAUCCUUUUCUCACUGACGCCUGGCUGGUACCGCUCUUCUUCUCUCUCAUCAUGCUGGUCGGACUGGUGGGCAACUCUCUCGUUAUCUAUGUUAUUUCCAAACACAGACAGAUGCGAACAGCCACCAACUUCUACAUAGCAAACCUGGCUGCCACAGAUAUAAUCUUUCUGGUGUGCUGUGUCCCCUUCACUGCCACUCUCUAUCCCCUCCCUGGUUGGAUUUUCGGCAACUUCAUGUGCAAAUUUGUUGCAUUUCUGCAGCAGGUGACAGUACAAGCCACAUGUAUCACCCUGACUGCCAUGAGUGGAGACCGCUGUUACAUCACUGUUUACCCUCUCAAAUCUCUCCGUCACCGCACCCCAAAAGUAGCCAUGAUAGUCAGCAUUUGCAUAUGGAUUGGCUCCUUCAUCUUGUCCACCCCAAUUUUAAUGUACCAGCGGAUUGAGGAGGGCUACUGGUAUGGUCCGAGACAAUACUGCAUGGAGAGAUUUCCCUCCAAGACGCAUGAGAGAGCAUUCAUCCUCUAUCAGUUUAUUGCCGCCUACAUGCUGCCAGUUCUCACAAUCUCUUUCUGCUAUUCGAUGAUGGUGAAGAGAGUAGGUCAACCCACUGUAGAGCCUGUUGACAACAAUUAUCAGGUCAACCUCCUGUCUGAGAGAACCAUCAGCAUCAGGAGCAAAGUCUCCAAGAUGGUGGUGGUGAUCGUCCUCCUCUUUGCCAUCUGUUGGGGUCCCAUCCAGAUCUUUGUGCUUUUCCAAUCUUUCUAUCCAAACUACCAACCCAACUACACAAUGUACAAGAUCAAGACCUGGGCCAACUGCAUGUCCUAUGCCAACUCCUCAGUCAACCCCAUUGUUUAUGGGUUUAUGGGAGCCAGCUUUCAGAAGUCUUUCAGGAAAACCUUUCCAUUCCUUUUUAAACACAAGAUCCGGGAUGGUAGCAUGGCGUCAAGGACUGCCAACGCUGAGAUCAAGUUUAUUGCAGCAGAGGAAGGCAACAAUAAUAACGCUGUGAACUGACUCUGAGAAUUUAAAGAUAAAAAGUGAGAUUGUUGUUUCCUGAGAAACUCACCUGUCAGCCAAAAGAUCCUGUUGUAACCGACGGAGAACAACAGAUUCAUCUUGAAGGAAAACACUGUGCUCGGUGUUCAUUUUCAUGUUGUAUUAAUUUUCAUAUUUAAGCAAAUGGAUAUGAACUGUUAUUUGAAACUGCAGUCGGUCAAAAGUUUAUAAAAUACAUCUGCAACUUAGAUGUAAAUGUAUUGCUUUUGCUUGAGCUCAGUUUAUGUUAGAAUCAGAAUCAGCCUUAUUGGCCAAGAUUGUGUACACAAACAAGGAAAUUUACGUUGGUUUCAAAUGCCUACAGCAUACAGAGAUUAAACAGAUUUGUGAAUUUAAAUUAUAUAUUUUUUUUUUUUCAGAAAAGCACAAAAUACAACCAGGUGUAGUCCUGAGGCAUUCUGAGGAACAACCUUGGAUCAAAUGUCAGAUAAUGUCAGUUUGCUUGACAAAAGCUGAUCUUUUCUGGGUUUUUAGUAAGUAUGUGCUCUGUGUUAACUCUUACAGAGACCAGAUCUCAACAACUGGUGGGCAGGCUCUAGCUUAAUGGUUUAGUUUUUGUCCAGGUUUUAAGGGGAUCUGAUGAAGUGAGUUGCAACUGCAAGCUACGAAAAAAAAUAAAUAAAUAAAUAAAAUAAAGUAGUACCCACAAGAAGUAGUGACUACUGCAACAGUAGAAGCAUCCCAUUGGUGAGGUACUCAGUCGUGAUUACUUACAGCAAAAAUCAGAAAUUUGCCUCAAUGAUAAAACAAAUUGUUCUAAUUUUUGCAAACAAAACUUACUGUAAAAUUUUGCACAUUUUGUAUUUGGGCAAACUGUGAUCAUAUUUCUAACUUACAAAUAAAUGAAAAUUCUGAUGUUUCUGUUUACAUGAAGCUUUUUCUGACUUAGCUUUCUUUUCUUUUAAAGGCUAAAUUACCUCACUAAGGAGCUAAUAAAUAUCAUAGCUUAUGAAAGUCACAUUAAGGACAGAUUAUUAUCAGGUGCUGGUAGUCUGAGCCAGAAUAAAGGGAAUUCAAAAGGCUUUUCAUAGUCACACAGAGCAAUUUACAUCAAUUUUCUCAGAAUUACUAACUGUUGAAGUAUUACUUUUAAAACUGUUUACAGUGUAUAAUAUAAUUUAUUGUUGGCAUAUUGUGCAGUUUUUUUGUCAUAACAAAACAGAUUUUUGCUUUAAAACUUUGUGAUUGCUUAUCUACCAUCUGAUUGUUUCCUAUGUAUGCAGCAGUUAGAAUUAUUUUAAAGUUGUUUUAUUUCUGAAAUUUACUAAAAAGUCAAUGUCAAGUCAUUUAUUGAACUGGUAUUAAAAAAUAUUGAUUUUAUUGUUUUAAUAUUCUCAUGAACAGCUCAUAAAUACAACAAUUUAGGAGUGAAACUACGGUAACCAUUGGCAAAAAAGAAAUACAAUCGGAUCACAAUUAUUUGUUUCUCAAACUACUUGUAGUUUGAGAGACAAACAGAAAAAAUCAUUUCUGACUAAGAAUGUUUUUGAAAUGUAUUCAUACCUCUUAAACCUUUUCAGAUUUAGUCUCUUUACAAACAAAGGUUACAAUGUGAUUUACCAACAUUAAAUAACAUAAUUUUGCAGGUAAUUUUGCAGUGGAAGCAGAGGACAAAUACAAACAAAACUUGAGUUAAUCCUUUUCAGACCUGCGGAAUUGGGACAAACUGUAAGAAAGUGCAAGGGGUUAAAAAAUACUUCUGGAAAGCACUACUCAUAAACUGACACAAAUGUGUAUAUUUCCAUAAAGGUUGCUACAUGUUUAAUAUUCAUGCUUAACACUGGAGAACUGGCAAAUGUAAUUAAAGCACAGUCCGUCCUGAAUUGUACCCCCUAGGUGAAGUAGCUUUGUAUGUGUGGAGCUAAUGCAUCCUAAGCAAUCUGAAAACCCAAACAAAGCUUCAGCCAGCUGCUCAUGAGUCUUUCCUGUGGCCAGAUAUGAUGAAUGGAAACCUACUAACAGAAGGAAUAGAGGCAGUGGAGCCACAAGUCUAACCUUCAUGCCUUUUUAAACACUUGUUUUCACAAAAGCAUUGUAGAAACCUUCAUGCACGUUCACAGGCAACAGAGAUCAUUCAAAUCAGGUAUUAAAAACACCUUAAAGACCCCUUGCACCUUCUUGCCAGACAGUCUGAAAUAUUGAGGACAACCCAUUUGGCUUGUGUUUUGUUAUUAGAGCACAAUCAGAACGAGGGCCUGUUCAGGGAGCAGCUGUCUAGCCAUAGAACAACAGCUUUUAAUUUUAAACCCACUGAGCUACCUCAAUAGUGACUUUGUUUUAUUCAUCCCACACAGUGACAUUCAAUAUUAAAGAACCUCUAUUAUGGUCUAUAGAAAAAUUGCUAAUACAGUUUAAUUAGAUUUGAUACUGCUUGCUUAGUGCCAUUGGGGCUCCAGUGACAUCAAGGUUUGAAAGGAAAACUAACACACUUUGGGCUUUUGUAGUCAAAGGCAUAUGACAAAUGAUACUCAAGGAUCAUUGCAAACAUUUGACAUGUUUUGCUGAACUGAAGACAAUUUGAGAAAAUCCAGAUUAGUGGUUGCACUGAUUUUUAAACUUUGAUAAAAAGAGAUUCCAAAAUGAGGUAAAUGGCAAUUAUUUUUCUAUAAAGGCAGAUACUGCAGAUAACUGUAAGUGUUAUUAUAAUUCAUAGUUGGGCCAUUUUUGACUAAAAGCUGCUCUACAUCAUGCAUCACAGUGAAUAUUUCAAUGCAAAUGAAUUAAUUUUGCAUUUUAAUAUCACUAUCUGGGCUUUUUCCAUAUGAAACAUUAGAGUGGCACACAACCCAAAUUGCAAAAAUAUAAAAGUGUACUUUUGGAAGAACACAUGAAAGCAUUUAAAAAUAGAAAGAUUAAUCAUCACUUAAAAUGAUGGACUAAAAGCCAAUUAGAUUUUUGCCAAAUAAUUUGGAAAUAAAAAACAACUCUGUAUUGAUUGACGCCUGAAAGGAAUAAUUGUAGAUAUUAUUUGAAACAAAUUUACCAUUGAUUCACUACAACCAGCAGCUGGUGAUUCUUUUCGGUUUUGCCAUUAUCUGUAGGCAGCUAUUCAACAUCAUGUUCAAAGGCAUUUACACUUAAUUACAAAGUGCAAUGCAAAAAUGAACAUAGGUGUAACUGACACAUCCAUCAUUUUCAUGUGACUGCCUGCUAAGUAAAAAGGUAUUCAUGUUCAAAUGAGUUUUGAGGUUUCUUUUUAUUUGCAGUACUAAUAAGUGACUAUGGGACAUGCAAUCAGUCAAACUUCAAGCUUUCAAUUUGUCAGACUUUGACAAUCAUGAGACUUAAUAUCUUCAAAACAAUAAAAAGUAAAAGCUUGAUUGAACCAUUCAGAGUAGAGCCCCUCAAAGGACCUGUUUUUUGUUAGGGUACUGAUCCUGUAUAAAGUGUCUGAGACCUUUUACAAUUUGAUAAUGUUUAGACAUGGGAAUAAAAUUGUGUUUAAUAGCAGACAUAGUACAGAGGGAAACUUGAAAAGACCUUCAAAACACUUUUAGUUGUGCUUAUCAAAAUCAACAUGAAGAACUACAAGAAAAUUAGACUCUUUGGAAGCAAAACAGAAAAGGAAAUGUAAAUAUAAAAAAAGAAAAAAUCAAGUUUGAAAGUGAUUGACUUUUGAUGUUGACUGAAGCUGGAGGCCAAAAUCAAGUAUAAAUCGAUAUAUCAAGUAAUUUUGCCACUUUCUCAGUUUUUAAACUUUCCAACAAAGAAAAUGGCUUUAUGAAGAAAUUCAUUUUAUAGAAAUUAUCUACAGUGCAUAGUCAAUAGAUGUACUUAAGCACUGAGGGUCCAUCUUAAUGGUUUCAGGACUAUAUAGGCUAAUAUUGCCAAUUAAUAUUUAAAAUAAAGCAAAUUGUGUGAGGAUUUUCUAAUUAUUAUUUGAACUUGGACAUUUGCCCUUUCUUUAGCAAUCCAAGACAUAAAUUCAGACAGCAAAGAUGAAUGGCUAUCUAAUAAAAUAUUUAGCAUUAAUACACUCAGGAAUUCAUUACUUCCAACAUAUCAACUUCAUUCAUUAUUGUUAGCCUUAGUGAGUCCAAAUUCCAGACUUUUCCAGACUCAUGCUUCCAGAAUUCCCAGUGUUUUGCUUUUACAACAGGGAGGCUUUAGACAAGUAAUCUGCGAAAAGAAAGAACUGGAAGGAAGGAAGAAUUCAGGUAUGUAAGACUAGAAGGAUGCAACAAAGGAGGGAUGGCACAAGAAAUGAAGGACAAGGAAAAAAUAAAGCACACAAGAACACAAGCAUCGAAGGAACGUGGGGCUCAAGGAAAGGAAGAAUAGAUAAGAAAAGAAGGACCAAAUGAAGGAAAUAAGGAAAAAGGAAUAGAAGGGAAGGAAAGAAACAAGGAUGUAUGCAGAAAAGGAAGCAAGAUGGUAAUGAAAGAAAUACAGAAAGGGGGAUGAUGACUAGAAAAAAUAAAAUUUAAGACGUAAAAAUAUUCUUCCAUAUUUUAAUGUGUGAUUUUUAUUAUAGUUUUGCAUACAGACUGCAUAUGAACCCUGUUAACUAUAGUCAUUGUACAAGCCAUGUCAUUAUACAGUUAUGCUCAUUUUAAAUCCAACUGUUUUAUUUCAACAUCAGGAAUGAAUCCCUAACUCUCAGUAAGAUACAGUAAGAGAUGGAAGAUCUGACAGAAAGACCUUUGAGACAAAAGUGGGGCAAAGCAAGUAUUAUCAACAAGCACUCCUGAAGAGGGCGACAGAGAGUCAAAGUCAGAUGUGAAAACAUUUGGGUUGCAGAGCAAUAAGAGAAAAAGUGAGGAAAUGGGAUGUCUGAGAGGAAGCUAAUAGUCUGUGGCAGUUUUUCUUGGCAUUGCAGGAUGCUCUACGAAGAGAAAAAAAUACUUUGCACAUGUAUCAGAUUUGUAUAUGAAGACAGAAAAAUAACCAUUUCUCAAACCCCAGUUGAAGCACAAGUGAAGCGGUUGACAGCCCUGCUACUGAUCUGGCCCUCGAAACCUCAUCAAAUGAUAUGUGGGACCCACGAGGAAGGGAUUUUAUGUGUUAUGGAACAACUGGUCUAAAUGGAAAGAUUUUUCAUGUCCAAGCUCUGUGGCCAAAUAAACUUUGGCUUGAGUAAAUUUGCGUGUGACAUGAAGGAGGUUUUUCUUUGUCAUGAAGCUACAAACUGCUAUUUAAAAAAGAAGGGGGGGGAUCAUAACACGGUUUGGCUUUUCCUGGAAUAAGUAUGUUAAAAUGACUCAGCUCCAAUUGUUUUAAGGUUCUUUUUCCAAAAUGCCACAUGAAGAAUGAACACAGUGGCUCAGCACACCAAGCUGUCAGCUGAGGGUUGCUGGGGAAAAUAAUUGUCAGCGGUGGAAAGAGGGGGAAAGGCAGAGACGGACCUACACAAAGAGCCCUUUUUACCAGCAAGGAGAACUGUCUCACGUCACGACACAAGCAGGAAACCACACAAACACCGUCACCGCCACCUUGCCCUUGGGACUGACAUAAUGUGUGUGUGCAAAACAGAACAAAACACACUUUUGGUUUAGAAGAGGAGAGUAAAAAUAAAAGCAGGCCCAGUGGUUGUUUAUUGAGUUAUGACAUUUUGACAGAGGUGUAAAAAUCAACUGGCUGAAAAUCACAUUAACACAUUGUAUGUGCAUUUGAAGUAUGGAACCUUUUCCAGGGAUCGGGGUAGUUUUCCUGUGCUAUUCCAGAGUCAAAGCAGAUUACCUGGGAAGAAAAACAUCCAGAAACCUGCCCUACUGGGAAAAUAGUACUUUUCGAAAGUACUCUAAACUAUAGAGGGUUGGACGAUACUAAAUGCUUAUUAGCGACGGAAUAUUACCACUAAUUUCUUUUAGUAGUUCCAGAGUCUAAAGACCUCUACUGUUCAUAUUUCCUAUCAACUUUAAAUUUAAUCAGACAGCCACGACUGGUAUUUGCAAACACAACAUUUAACAUUGCUUGAAUGUUUUACAGCAUUUAUAUGCCAAGAUAAAUUAAAACACUAACAAAGCCUUCAAAAUGUACCUGCAAUAAGAGAAUCACAAAUUUAGAUGCCGUGUUGUAAUGGAGCUCUGCAUGCUUCAAAACUGAACAUAUACGUUUCUAUGAGACUGUUUGGUAGAGUUACACUUUUCCAUGUCCAUAAAAGUAACUCAAAUUCAGCUAUAAAAUGUUAUCACUGUAACAGGUCAAUUUAUCUCAAGCUGUGUUAACAUCUUUUAUGUGUUUGCUUGUUUUAUGUUGAUUUUUUUUAUAUGAUGUCUGUUGAGCACUUUGGUAAGUCUUGUUGUUUUAAAAGUGCUUAUAAAUAAAGUUGGCUUGGCUAACAGAA